AUGACUUCCUUCUUUGGAAAGCUCAAGAGCCAGGUGAGUCAAGAAACCAGACGGAUUGAGUCUCCAUCAUCUCCCAGGACCCCUGGUGAAGGCUCGCGCAAGAUCUCUGGUCGUCUUUAUUUGUCCGACUGCUUUGGAAUGGUAACUAACGGCCUGGUCUCUCCUCAGAAUGCGUCUGCCCCGGCAGUAGGCGCAUCCCCCGCCAGAAAGGACGCAAAUGCGCCUCUACCUACCCCUCUCGAGCGCAUGCUUGCGAAUGCUGGCCCGCUUCGCACCGAUGGCAGUGAUAAGUUCUUUGGCAUGGAAAACUUCGGAAACAGCUGCUAUUGCAACUCGAUCCUGCAGUGUCUCUAUUAUUCUGUCCCUUUCCGAGAACACGUCCUUUCGUAUCCGCGCCGGUCAAACCCUGACGCUGUCGCCCACGCUCAAUUGCACGCUCCUCCUCGGGUACCGCCGAAUCAACAGAAUGGGGCAGCGAAGAAGCCGCCGCCUGGACCUGCAUCGGCGCGAAACGCCGGUACCCCCCCUCAACAACAGAAGCCAGAGGAUAAAGACUCGCCGGAGUACAAAAAGAAACAGGCGAUAAUCAACGGGCCCAUUCUGAACGUGACUUACGAAAACUCGCAGGACUACGACAUGCCAGAGAGCCUUUUCACAUCGCUAAAGGACAUUUUUGAGGGUAUUGUCUUGCAUCAGUCAAGGAUGGGAGUCGUGAGUGGGCACAGAUUCCUGGAGGUUCUUCGCAAGGAGAAUGAGAUGUUCAGGUCUGCCAUGCAUCAGGAUGCACACGAGUUUCUCAACCUUCUCCUCAACACCGUGGUGGAGAAUAUCGAAGAUCACGACAGAAAACUGACUGCACAGAAAAAAGUGCAGGAGCUUCCGGCGAUAGAAGAACCAGCCGACAUGUCACGAACAGAAUCAGCGACUGUAUCAUUCCCUUCCAUACUACCAAUGCCGACAGCGAACUCACCGACAAAAUGGCUUCAUGGCCUCUUCGAAGGCACCCUCACUUCUGAAACCAGAUGUUUGACUUGCGAAAACGUUUCUCAGCGUGACGAACCCUUUCUAGAUCUUUCGGUCGAUUUGGAGCAGCAUUCCUCGGUCACUGCAUGUUUACGAAGGUUUUCCGAGGAGGAGAUGUUGUGCGAGCGAAACAAGUUCCAUUGCGACAAUUGCGGCGGCCUUCAGGAAGCAGAGAAGCGAAUGAAGAUUAAGCGACUUCCACGAAUAUUGGCUUUACACCUAAAGCGUUUCAAGUAUACUGAAGAUUUCGGACGACUGCAGAAAUUGUUCCACAAGGUUGUGUACCCUUACCAUUUAAGACUCUUCAACACCACAGACGAUGCAGAGGAUCCUGACCGACUUUACGAGCUAUAUGCAGUGGUUGUUCAUAUUGGAGGAGGCCCCUACCAUGGUCACUACGUCGCCGUCAUCAAGACCCAGGACCGGGGCUGGCUACUUUUCGACGACGAGAUGGUUGAACCUGUCGACAAGAACUUCGUCCGCAACUUCUUCGGAGAUAAGCCGGGGCUUGCGUGUGCCUACGUGCUGUUUUAUCAAGAGACAACACUGGAGGCCGUCCAAAAGGAACAAAGGAUGGAAGGAAAAAGACGAGCUUCGCAGGACCUGACCAAUCCUUUGGGCGCUGAUGCCAAACGCUCAGCAGAGUUGCAUCGUGUUGAAACCUUCAGUCCAAUGGGUUCUCCGAUGUCGCCCGCAGAAUCCGCACAAUACACUGUGCUCGAUCAUGCUGUAACUGCGCCAGCUCAAUUCAAGGCCAAUGGCCAUGUUGAAGCGCCUCAAUCUCCCACACUCGGUGCCGCCAGACCGACAAGUCCAGUCGUGCAAAGCAAGAAAGAAAAGGCCAAAGAAGAGAAGGCAAGGAAAGCGGCAGAGAAACAGGCGGAGAAAGAGAGACAAGAAUCCGAGCGACAACGCCGCAAAGAUUUGGCCAACAAAAUCACGGAAGCGCACAAGAGGCAAGAAGCGGAGCUUAAGGCGGCAAUGGAAGCAAGUAAGGCUACGAAGGCCGAGGAGGAUAAGCGAAACGCCCUCGAAAGAGCGCACACCGUGCAGGCAAACGGCAGUAGCCAUUCCGGACUAGAUCGAUUCAAACGAUCGAAGAGUCUACGAUUUGGAUCUCUAACCAAAAGGGACAAGCCGCCGUCGAAUCCAUCCGAGGAGAAUAUGGUUCCAACAGUGACAGCAGAGACUGCGGAACCUCCAGAAAAGGAUAAGGAGAAAGAGAAGAAAAAUCGUUUCAGCAUUCGAAAGAAGUCGUUCGGUGUGUUAUCUUGA